AUGAAAGGUUUCCUUCUGUUAAAUCUAUUUCUAAUUUAUUCUCAAUAUUGCGGUAGUAUCCAUUUGGUAAUAUUCCUUUCAGAAGAACAAUCGGAUUUGUAUCUAGCGGCAGAAUUGGCAAUUAAUAAGCAUAAUUUAUUGCAAGAUAAUGACUCGAAUAAAUUUGUAACUGUAAAUUUUUAUAAAAUUAACCACAAAGAUCUAAGUUCAUGGAGUAGUUCUAUCAAAAAUGUUUGUUUAAAUAUACAAAAUGAUCAGGCGAAACAUCCAGAUCUUUUGAUUGAUCUUACACCGUCAUCAGAAGCCAGUUGUGGUAUUCAGAAAUUAGCUCAACAGAUUGAUUCAGGAAUUAUAUCAGUUAAUUAUUAUGACUGUCCACCGUUGCACAUUAAUCAAACUCUUGCAAAUGACUCAUAUAUAAUGACAGAAUUGAAUAUACCCUCAGUAAGAUUUCCACCUAGUGCAUUAGCAUCUGCAUUGUCUGCUUUUGGAAAUAUGAUUUCUGGUACUCUUCGAACAGAAACUAUAGUCCGAAAAACCGAUGAAACUGACUCCCAGACCACAUUUUCAGACUAUCGUGACUAUCCGUCCAUAAGACGAUUCUAUCUUACAUUACCGUCACAAUUGAAUGAAUCACAGUUAACUCAAUCUCUAAGAGAAACAAAAAAUGUGGUUCUGACUAAAUUAUGGCUAUUGUUAGUUGAUUCAAAGACAGUGUGGACUAUACUUUCAACUAUGGCUAAAUUCCAACAAACUGAUGUACAGAAUUGGAUUAUUUAUGAAGAGCAUAUUAACUGUGAUUUCUUAUGUGUGGAUAAGAACUUAACUGGAAAACUAAAUUGUUUAACAGACAGUAAUUUCAAUAAACUGUAUUGCUUGAAGGUUAACACUGCCGGUGCAGAUCAGCAAGAACUGGAAUUGAUACAAAAUUCUUACGGAAAGAUUUGGAAUAACGAAUCCUUUAAACAGUUUAGUGCUUUAACUGCAUAUGAGACUGUUAAAUCUGGUCUACUGGCACUGAAUUCUUUACUAAUCAAUGAACAAUGGUCAGAAGGAAUUAGAUCACCGAACGCAAGCAAGAAAAUCUGUGAUUCACCAAUGCCUACUGUCGAUCCCACAAUGAGAUUUUAUCGUUACUUAGAAGCUAUAACCAGGCUGCCUAAACGAAAUGGUACUAUCGGACUAAUUGAUUUUAACAAAACAGUAACCAAUCAACAUGUUGUUUUUCAUUUACAACAAUGUUUCGGAGAAUCGAACACAUCAAAAGCAAUGUGCCAUGAUGUAAAUUCAACCUUUACUUAUCCACAGAAUAAAAUCAUAUAUAACCAGAACAUACCUGAAUCAGAGAGGCGCCAAAGAAUACAUGUUAGUGUUAUACAUGAUCCACCGUAUGCAGUACGUUUAAAGGAAAAUAAGUGGACAGGAUAUUGCGUAGAGGUAUUUGAAGAAAUAGCUAGACGAUUAAAUAUUGAUUAUGAAUACGUAGAGGAGACUGAUGGUGAUUACGGCACUAGGCUUGAGAACGGUCAUUGGUCAGGGAUGAUUGGUCAAGUUUCUAGAAAGAAUACUGAUAUUGGCUUGGGACCAUUGGUUCUGGAUGCAGAAAAAUCUUUGAUUGUUGACUUUACAGUACCGUAUUACGAAUCUGUUGGCAUUACAAUGGUUAGCAAAAUAAAUGAAGAUCUUAAACUUGGUGCAUUAUUUUUUCUUGAUGUAUUCACGUGGGAUGUUUGGGUAACGUCUGUCGUAGUUGUAUUUGUUAUCGGUUUCCUGUUGGCAUUCAUUGAUAAAUAUUCCCCGUAUAGUUAUCAAAAUCAACCUAAAAAAGGUGAUGGCGAAUCUAUGGGUACAGUAUUUACUGUAAAAGAAUCCCUCUGGUAUGUAUUAGGUUCCUGCACUCAACAAGGUGAAUACAUGGAUCCUCGUUCAGCCUCAACACGCAUCUUAGUAGCCGGUCUCUGGUUGUUGGUUCUUAUUAUAAUUGCUAUGUUUUCGGCUAAUUUAGCGGCAAAAUUAACCGUCUCAGGUUUGGAAGGAGAAAUUAAUACAUUCAAGAAACUAAUUGAACAAAAAGGAGUCAAAUAUACAGUUAGAAGCAACUCAUCAGAACUGAAAUUCUUUGAGAGGCUGAAAAGUGCUGAAGAAUUUAUUUUUGAAAUAUGGAAACAAAAAGUUGUAUAUAACAAUGAAUUUACAGCAAAUUAUACAGUUUGGCAAUAUCCAGUCACUGAAAAGUAUGGAUUACUUUACAGCAGAAUGCGUGAAUGGGGUUUUUCAAAUAGCCAUGAAGAAACUAUGAAACUUAUCAACGAUGGUUGGGUAAUAUUUAUGGAAACUCCAAAGGCUGAUUAUUACAUAGCUAAUGAAUGCAAACUGAAACGAUUCGGUAACCGUAUAGGAAGUUGGUAUUAUAGUAUGAUAUUACUACCGCGUUCUCCGUUAACUUCGGCUAUUAAUGAAAUAAUUUAUUCUUUAGAAGCAGAUUAUACACUGGAUAUGUUGAGGGCUAAAUGGUGGGCGAGUAAUACAAGUCGCUGUGGAACAUUAUCUGUCGAUGAAGGAUAUGAUUUUGAAGAAGUUGGUGGCAUGUUCACGUUACUUGGAUGUGGACUUUUAAUUGGUGUUAUAUUACUAAUCUCAGAAAUUGUUAUCUUUCAUAUACUGUUGAAGAAACAACAGACGAAGGUCUUGAGUAAAUCUCCAGGCCAACCGCCGGAACCUGAAACAAAUAGCGUACGCAAAACAAUACAAGAAGAGGACGAAAGAAUGCAUAAUUUAUCUGCGAGAAAUCCAGUUGCAUCAAGCUCAAUAACAAUCACUACGACUGAUUAUAAUGAGCCUAAUGAAGAUGAGGGAUCCUUAAACGAAUAAUUGAUUAUAACUGCUCCUAAUAGUCACUCCACUGUCAGUCUUAAUAUAUGAAGUUUUAGAAAGC